CUCACACUGACCCGUACACUCACACACACAUACACUCACAAAUGCACAUACGCACACACACAUAAACUAGACUUUUAGACGUUAAACGUUUUUAGACGUUAUGCCCCGGUAAAAUCCUAUUUAAAGCCAGGUGCACUGUUUGUGACGUCGAAAUGGUAUCAGAAUACGGAGUUUUGAAGAUACACUCUUCAAGGCAAAAGCAUAUAAAAGCCACGACUGCAAUACCAAGCAAAACAAAACAGCGUAAUAUCAUGUCUGCUUAUGUGACUAAAAGAGUUGUGCCCAAAAAUCAAGUUGUCAUAGCGACUGAAAACAAGCUGGCUGCUUUUCUAGCUGAGCAUAAAAUUGCAUUUCAAGCUGCACAUCAUAUGUCAGAUUUACUAAAUGGUAAAAUGAAAAGAUCAAAAACUACAGCUAUGACAGCUACCGAAGUAAUUGGUGAAAGAUAAAAAUCGUCUCCAGCUGAAAAACUAACAAAAUUCAGUGUUAUGUCUGAUGAAUCCACAGAUGUCAGGCUAGUUGUAAAAUUGUCAGAUAUUAUCACGUCGAGGAAAAUAAAAUUGUAAGUAAGUUUUGGCAUCUUUGCAAAAUAUUCAGCUCCGAUGAUAAAAAAACAGCAGAAGGUGCUACGGAGGAAAAUUUGUAUAGAAUACUAGUGAAGUCUUAGAGUGACCUCUUACAUGAUACAGUAGAACUCCAAUUAUUCGAACUCCGACUAUCCGAAUCGCCGAUUAUCCGAAGUGCGCUAUUAUUCUUCCCCCCGCGAAGCCAGUGUUUGCGCGUCAAGUCUUGACUUGACUUGUCUUAACUUGCCGUUGUGCCUACACUGACUCCACAGCAGGUAUGCUCUCACGCAUAAUGCCAAACCUUGGCGGGCCGGGUGGAGAGUGUCGCCGCCUAUACGCUAAUGUAGUGCGAGCGAAGGCAUUGUACGGGUGCCCAAUAUGGGCGGAUAAGCUGAACCGGUACAACAAAACCAUCCUCAGGCAGUCGCAGAGAGUAAUCGCAAUUAGGGUCGCGAGGGCGUACCGCACGGUUUCGUAUGACGCAGCGUGUGUUAUAGCCGGCACCACACCCUGGCACCUCGAAGCGGAUGCCUUAAGCGAAGUUUAUUGGAGGAGGGCCGAAGCCAGGCACAAUGGUAAUGACCCAGCGCUCGGAUCAAUCAAGUCGUGGAAAAUUUCCGAAGAAAACGAAGCAAUAAGACAGUGGGCGGAAGAACUAGCUACUGCGAGCGCUGGGUUCUACACCAUCAACGCGUUCAGACCACAUCUCGACAAAUGGGUGAGGAGGCGGUGGGGCCGCCUCAGCUACCGACUCGUGCAGAUAUUGUCCGGACACGGCUGUUUCGGCAGCUAUUUGCACAAGGUAGUCGGGCGUGAGGAGGCACCAACCUGCCACCAUUGUGACGCUGGUGUAGUUGAUGAUGCGCUCCACACCUUAAAGGAUUGCCUAGCAUGGGAGGUGGAAAGGAGGCCUCUACUGGGCGUGCUACAGGGCGAGGACGCUACUCUCGAUAACAUUGUGAGAGUAGCAGUUACAAACUCGGACAGUGACGGCAUGUGGGAAAUCUUCCAGAGAUUCUGUGAAGCCGUCAUGCACCAAAAGGAAGAGGCGGAGAGGGCCAGGGAGGAUGAUCCUGCAGCCCACCCGCGUCGCCGUAGGAGACCACAGCGCCGCCGUUGCACCGUGCAACCCCGUGUGUAAUCCUGGGCACGCAGUUGCUCCAGCGGGGGAACAGGGGUUCAUGCGUCGAAAAGAAGGGAUGCUGACGCAUCCCUGCAAGCAUCGUGCCCGACCUCCCCCAGCUUUAUAAACAGGGUGAAUUGGCCGAUGUGAAUGGCCCUUGCUGUGCCAAGGUCCAUUCCACAUCAUUCAUGGCCGUAGAGGACCGUGAUACUAACGGCUGAUCGCGUGGCUGGAUGCGGACAAGGCUACGCUGUUACCGUGUCCUGCCCCGGGCGAUUGCUGGUGGCGCCGUGGGGUUUUAGUGGGUAUGCACUGUUGUGCGAGUCCCACAUAACCCUUCCCCACCAAGGUCAACCGUGCCGCGGGAGGGUAUGCGUAACGCAUUUCCCCACGAAAAAAAAAAAAUAAAAAAAUGUGCCUACACUGACUUCCCCCCGCGUGUGUAGGCACAACGGCAAGUUAAGACAAGUUCCGGCGCAUUGCAGUCACGGCGCACCUGUCAUUGUUUGUUUUGAUUAGCCAGUGUGCUAUUGACCUUGCUACUAGGGUUGCCAACCAUACUAUAUAAUAACGUAUCCUACUUUAUUUUUGGUAAUUAUACUUUAUACUUUUACAUACAAAUAAAGUAUGCAAAAAUACUUUAUUGUCAACCUUUACUGUGGUGCGUAAAACAAAAUACUCAUUAUGGGUACUUAACGAUUCAUAAUUGCUGAACGAAAUAUUUAAAACGGAUAAUGGAAACAAUUUGUAAUUACUGAACGAAAUGUUAGAUGUCAGUUGUGACAUUUGUCACAGAUGUCUUUCAUUAUCGACGAAAUUGUACAAAACUGGUCCGUUAGUUUUGUUUAUAAGUGAAGAAUGCAUUUUAAAGUAAAUAUUAAUGCUGAAAAUGAGGAGUAAAUAUUAAUGCUGAAAAUGACGAGUAAUUCUGAUAGCGACACACCAGUGACUCCUAAAAAAGCUAAAAUAACAAAAGUUUUACAAAAAUAUAAACCUGAGUGGGAAAAACAAUACAACUGGCUAACAAGUGAUCUUCAAAAUAAAAGUAAUGCAAAAUGUAUUAUCUGCGGCGUGAAUUUUACAAUCAGUUCAGCUGGCAUUGGACAGAUUAAGCAACAUCAAAAUACUCAGAAGCAUAAGAUAAAAACUGAAAUGAAGAAAACAUCUGGUGCAUUACAAAAUUUCCUUACAUCAGAUACUAAAUCAAGAUGUCAAGGAUCUAGUGAUGAUGAGAAUAUUAUAGCAGCGGAAUUAGCAUUGACUUUUCACACUGUGAAGCAUAAUUUAUCUUAUAAUAGCAUGGAUUGUCUAAGUAAAUUAAACAAAAUUGUAUUUGUAGAUUCUAAAAUAGCUAGUAAAAUACGCUUGGGAAGAACUAAAAUGGAAGCUUUAGUGAUAGAAGUGUUAGGUCCAUAUUCUGUGGAAAGUGUAAUAAAUGAUUUACAUGAUGAUGUAUUUUUCUGUCUCCAGACUGAUGCAUCAAAUAAAAAAAAUAUUAAGUUAUUUCCUCUUGUAGUGCAAUAUUUUUCAAUAAAUGAAGGGAUCCAAAAUAAACUGAUCGAUUUUUACGAAAAUUCUAAUGAAUCUGCUGAUGGCAUGUUAGAAGCUAUAAAGAAGUCUAUGGAUUCCCACAACCUGUCAUUCAAUCAAGUAUCAGGUCUCAGUGCAGACAAUUGCAAUGCUAAUUUUGGCAUUCAUCACUCAUUGUACACAAAUAUUAAAAAAGAAGUACCAAACCUUAUAAAAGGCAACUGUCAUGCACACAUUAUCCAUAAUACAGUGAAACAUGCUAUGGGCUACUUGAUUUGUGACAUAGAAAAUAUUGUUUUGAAAAUAUACAGUCAUUUUUCGGUAUCUGCUUGUAGACGAGAUGAUUUAAAAAAAUUUGUUACUAUGGUUGAUGGUGAAUUUCACGAAAUCAAACGUCAUAUUGGUACACGGUGGUUAUCACUACUUCCUGCCGUUGACACCCUUUUACUUAAUUGGGAACCAAUAUGUAAUUAUUUUAUAAGUUUAGGUGAUAAUUGUGCAAUAAUUAUACAAGAAUUAUUAAAACUAAGUGAUCAUCAGGAUAGGGAGGUUGUGGAAAUUUAUCUACACUUUACAAGCCACAUGCUUAAUAUUUUUAAUAAAACGAUAAAACGUCUGGAAGGAAAUGAUGUAACUAUACUAGAUGUCUAUAAUAUUAUGGAUAAUUUAAGAAACGAAUUAGAACAAAGAAAAACUGAUAAGUACUUUGGUUAUGAAUCAAAAAUGAGAUUACAAAAAAUUCAAAAGUCAUCACCCGAAACAUUCAAUACAGUUGUCAGUAACUUUUCGCUUUUUAUUGAUAUGAGCUUAAAAUAUAUGAUAAAAUGGUUUGAGUUUAGCGAAGAUAACUGGCUUUCAAUACUUCCUAACAUGUCUUUGAAAAAUGAGGUAAAAUUUGAACAUUUUGAAAUGGUUAUUACAAAGGCCAAAUUACAAGACAGAUUAAAUAUUAAGAUGGACGAUAUGUAUUCCGAAUCUAUAAGACUUAGAGAAAUCCAAAGAAAAGUCACUAAUGAUGAUAAAGAAUUUUUAGUGAAAAGUACAGUAGAAAAAUGGCAAUAUAUACUUAAAAAUGCAUCUGAUAGCUUACCAAAUAUAAAAAAAAUUAUUUCUUACCUACUCUCCGUUCCUGCAACUUCAGCUUUUACUGAAAGAGUUUUUUCUGUAAUGAAUCUGAAGUGGCGAGAAGAGAGAAAUAGAGCAUCAAUAAAUUUAAUUAAAAACGAAUUGUUUAUCUAUUUAAAUUUAAAUAUUGAUUGUCAAACAAGCUUUGUAACAUUUAAAGAUAACAAGAAAUUGUUAUCAUGUGCUAAAAGCACACAAAAAUACGUUUUUAAAGCAAAAAAAACAUAAAAUUUGAAAUAUACUUUUUUUUCUUCCUAAUA